AUGCUGUCUACUUUGGCCAUUGUUGCGACACUGCUCUAUUUUGUCGUGACUUGGCUAGUUCUUCCGAUUUUUCGUUACUUCUACGAUCCCAAAGGCUUCCGAAAAUAUCAAAAUUACUCGAUCUUUUCCGGAAUCACGGACAUUCCCUAUUGCUACCUCAGCGCCUGUGGCUUCCGAUCAAGAGACCUCACAGAAGCCCACAAAAGUUCAGCCAUUCUUCGUAUUGGGCCCAAUAAUCUGUCAUUUGGAGACAUCCGUGCUAUUAAGGAUAUUUACGGACACGGAACUACCUGUGUCAAAGAUUUGAAAUAUUCACUGGCUGGUGGUCCUCAUCCGAAUCUGUUCGAUGUGGUCAACAAGGCAGAUCAUAGCGCGAAGCGCAAGCGUCUCUCAGCUGCCUUUGCCAUCAAAAACCUAGUUCAUUGGGAGUUCAAGGUUGUCCGUACCACAGAGCAUCUUUUGAAGGCUUUUGACAAGCUUUGUACGCAACCAUUGUUGGCGAACUCUGUCCCAGACCCAUCUGACCUGACUGUGAACUUCAACCACUGGAUAAACCUGUUCACUAUCGAGGCAAUCAACAAUAUUGCCCUUUCCUCGACCCUGGGCCUCCUUGAACAAGGGGAUGAUAUUGUGACUGCACAGCGAAUGGACGGCUCAACUUACCAGGCGCACUAUCGUAAGGCUCAGAAUCAAAGUGCCUUCGCUGCAUCUCACUUCGCAUGGGACUAUGAGAAUUCCAAAACUUUCAGUGCUAUCUCAAAGGUUUUUCCCAAGUGGCGCCAAAUUUGGAAAGAUGCAGAGCCAUGGAAAGACGUCAUUUAUAACCAGGCCGUUGCCCGUAUGAACCGAUACAACAACGGUGAAGAGUUAGAUGACUUCUUCAUGGCACUGAUGGAUGAUAAAGCCAGUCAGCCGCAUAAUCUGGAGUGGGGCGAAAUUGUCGGCGAAAUUGGCGCAAUCAUCGAUGCCGGCGCAGAUACCACUGCGAUUGCACUGACACAACUAAUCCACUUACUGAUUCGACACCCGGUUCACCUGGAGACUCUGCGACAGGAAGUUGCUGGCGUUAUGGCCGAAGGCGAAGUUAUUGCCCCAUACGACACAGUGAGACAUCUACCAUUUCUCCGAGCGUGCCUUGAUGAGGCCAUGAGAAUCAUUCCCCCUACCUCGGCAGGUCUUCCACGCCGAACACCACCGGAGGGCGCAAUGAUUCUCGGUGAAUGGAUACCAGGUAAUACAAGCGUAUCUAUGACGAUUUAUGGUGCACACCAUGACCCAAAGAUUUUUCCAAAUCCCGAAGAAUUCCAGCCCCAUCGCUGGAUGGAUGCCGAGGAGAGAAAGAGAAUGGAACCAUAUUUCAUCCCAUUCUCAACAGGUGGAAGGGGCUGCAUCGGACGGAACAUAUCUUAUCUAGAGCAAACUAUUAUGCUGGCAUCACUCGUGCACCGGUACGAGUUUGCAUUGCCGGGACCUGACUGGGAUCUGAAGCGCCAUGAGGCGUUCAAUCUGUUGAUGGGAGAUAUGCCUAUCAAGAUUUGGCGAAGAGAAGUGGCUGCCAGUGACUAG